AUGGCUCAAGAUCCCCGGGCGCUUCUGCAAAAGGCACAGAAAGCCGAAGCUGGUGCGGGAGGAGGAUUUAGUCUGUUCGGUGGACGACAAGAGAAAUGGGAGGGCGCAUCCGAGUUGUAUAAUCAAGCAGCAAACGCAUUUCGGAUGGCGAAGCAAAACAAAGAAGCCGGGCAAGCAUUCGAGAAGGCCGCAAAUAUCCAGACCACCAAAUUGAACGAGCCAGAUGAUGCGGCAAACACGCUUACGGAGGCUUUCAAAGUAUACCGAAAGACAGAUCCCCUAGAUGCAGCAAGAUGCUUAGAUGUCGCGAUCAAUCACUACACGUCAAAGGGGAAUUUCAGGAGGGCGGCUACACACAAACAGAAUUUGGCGGAGGUCUACGAGACUGAGAUCGGGGACAUGAAGAAGGCUAUGGAGAGUUACGAACUUGCUGCAAGUUGGUUUGAGAGUGAUAAUGCUGAAGCAUUGGCAAAUAAACUCUUCCUUAAGGUGGCCGAUCUAGCAGCUAUGGAAGGUGACUAUUACAAAGCUAUAGAGCAUUUUGACAAGGUCUCGGCAUCUGCUGUCUCCAACAACCUUAUGAAAUGGUCAGUGAAAGAUUACUUUCUGAAGGCAGGGUUGUGCCAUCUUGCCGUUGGAGACCAAGUAGCCACGAAUCGUGCUCUAGAAAAAUACCGGGACAUGGAUCCAACGUUCCCAAGCACAAGGGAGCACCAGUUGCUCGUAGAUCUAUACGAAUGUGUAGAGGCUGGGGACCAAGAAGCCUUCGCGGACAAGUUGUUCCAGUAUGAUCAGAUGAGCAAGUUGGACAAAUGGAAGACGACAAUACUUCUGAGAAUCAAGAAUGCUAUUGAAGAGAAGGGAGAAGACUUCUCCUGA